AUGACAGUCGCAAACCUCUAUUACCUUUUUUUGUGGCAAGAACCGAGAAUUCCCCAACUCCCCCAACUCCCCCACAUGGAUGAGCAGCCCUACCGUCUGGGCAUGGCGUCAAUCGCAUAUUGCGGGCAGCCGAUCGGCAACACGGCAUGCUGUACUGCCCAGCCGCGCCGGUUCCAUCAUCAACCCUAUCGAACCCUAUCGAAUCCCAUCAAACCCCACCCAGGAGCAUGGGAUGCGGCGGCUUGUUCGAAAUCAUCGGGAGAUGCCCAGCCUCACCAGCCACUGACCAUACACGCCGAGGCUGCAGCCAAGACAAGAGCAAUCAGAAUCGGCCCACGUGCCCAGGAACGGCGAAAGGAACAGCGAGGCAACAGGCGAAAAGAGAAAGUCUGGGCCCCCAGCCACCAUUCCCGUCAUGUUGUAUCAUGUUGUAUCACGUCGCCAACAGCGGCAUUCCCGGGAGAAAAGGGCGAUAAUAGCGAGGAAUGGCACAAUGGGCAGGGGGAUCUGGAGGGCGUACGGGGACGGGGGAGCCGACGACGAGGGACGCCGAGCAGGGCCGAGCAAGUCCGGCCGCCUGCGAGCCGGAGGACCGGCGGCGCCAAGCGUGGGGAACAAGGAAGACACGGCAUGCCGAGACUCGGCGCCAAGCGGGAUGACCUCGCUGCGCAUUCCUUGCGGGGCCUUCGCCCUAUCAUAGCUCCUCCUGGCACCGGCUUGACAAAGACCAAUAACCCCCAAGCCGCCCCCCGGAGUCAAAGAACAACGCCUUCGGAGCCCACCAACGUGCCAUCGCCACCCCGUUGCAGCUUAUCAGUCCCAGGCUAG